AUGAUAUCCUAUCUACAACGAUUUGUUCCCUAUAAAAUCAGCAGAAAUCAAAAUGAAAUCCUUCUUGCCAAGUUUACAGAGACAGAUAUCCAAAGUGCAUUGUCUCAAAUUAAUGCGCUAAAAGCCCCCGGGAUUGACGUCCAGCAACCAACAAAUGUCACUGAUUUCCGACCAAUCAGUCUCUGCAACGUCAGUUACAAAAUAAUUGCGAAAUGCUUAGCCAACCGAAUGAAAGAUAGUCUAAAGGAGGCCAUAUCGGAAAACCAAAGUGCUUUUAUCAAGGGUAGACUAAUUCAAGAUAAUGCAAUAUUGGGUUUUGAGAGUCUUCACAGCAUGAAGAAAGGAAGAUUUGGGAACGGAAAAAAGAUGGCCCUCAAGCUGGAUAUGUCGAAAGCAUACGAUAGGGUGAACUGGAGGUUCCUGGAAGCAAUGAUGGUGUGCUUGGGUUAUGAUCGAAGAUGGGUUAACAAAAUCAUGAACUGUAUUACAUCAGUCUCCUUCUCUGUUCUUAUUAAUGGCGAAGUAAGUGGUAACAUUCAGCCUCAUAAUGGAAUUAGACAAGGUGAUCCCCUUUCACCAUACAUGUUCCUUAUUUGUUCGGAAGGGUUCUCUUGUCUUAUCCAAGAGGCUGAAAGGGCUGAUGAGAUUCAUGGUUUAAAAUUUGGAAAAGAGGGUAUAAGAUUAUCCCAUCUUUUCUUUGCGGAUGAUAGUAUCAUCUUCCUAGAUGCUUCUCCUUCAGAGUGUAGAAAGUUGAAAACUAUCAUUGCUGAAUAUUCCAUGCUAUCAGGCCAACAAAUUAACUUCACGAAAUCUGAACUUUGUGUGGGCAGCAAGAUAAAGCAAGAGGAUGGGAACACAUUGGCUGCUGAGCUUGGUGUAAAUUUAGUGGAAUGCCACACCAAAUACUUGGGAAUGCCAGCAACAGUAGGAAGAAGGAAAAAGGAAGUUUUUGAAUACAUUCGAGCCAAGAUUAGAGCAAAACUCCAAGGCUGGAAAGCUAACCUUUUUUCCCAAGCCGGAAGGGAAAUACUUCUUAAAGCAAUCAUCCAAGCCAUGCCUACUUACGUUAUGAGUUGCUUCCGUCUUCCGAAGGAGUUAAUAAAGGAUAUUCAUUCAAUGAUGGCCCGGUUUUGGUGGGGGUCUUCGGAUUCCAAACAUAAAAUUCAUUGGGGGAAAUGGAAUAAAUUAUGCAAGCCAAAGGAGAAAGGAGGCAUGGGUUUUAAAAACUUGGAAAAAUUUAACCAAGCUUUAUUGGCAAAGCAAGGUUGGAAAAUCAUUAAUAACCCUCAUUCCAUGAUGGCUCGGGUUCUCAAAGCUUGUUACUUCACUAAUAAUAGCUUUUUAGAGGCUAAAGUUGGAGGCUAUGGUUCCUUUAUUUGGAGAAGUAUAUUAUGGGGCAGGGAAAUAAUAGCAAAAGGAACAAGAUGGAGGGUUCUCUCAGGUAAGGACAUCAGAAUUAAUGAAGAUAAAUGGCUUCCCCGCCCCCUAACUUUCUCAUUACGGACUCAAGCAAAGGUUCCAAAGGGCACAACGAUGGAUAAACUCAAAGAUGAAAAGGGAGAUUGGAAACAAAAAAUCAUUGAAGAUUGCUUCCACAAGGAUGAUAUUCCUCUUAUACUAGGCAUGGCCCCUUGUGCUAGAAAUUUACAAGACGACAUGGUGUGGCAUUACAACCCGGAUGGUAUGUACACAGUAAAAAGUGGUUAUGAUGUAGCAGAAAAAAACAUUCUAAAUGCAGGUACUUCUUCUGAGACAACAAUGCAAUGGUGGAAAGGAAUUUGGAAGAUGGAAGUGCCCCCUAAAAUAAGGAACUUUACUUGGAGAUUAUGCAAGGAAUGGCUCCCUGUUAAUACUGUGUUGCAGAAAAGAGGAAUGAAAAUAGAAGCUCUUUGCUACUGGUGUAAGAGAGAGGAAGAAACAAUAGAGCAUUGCCUCUGGUUUUGCCCCAUGGCUAAGAGUAUUUGGAAAAAGUACUCAAUGUGGAAAAUUAUCAAACAAAGCUCUACCAACAUUAUUGAUAUGCUUAUUUAUAUACAUCAACAGGUUUCAAGAGAAGAAUUCAACUUUUUUAUUACAAUGUCAUGGCUUCUAUGGAACCGUAGGAAUAAAAACCGGCUAAAGCUUCAUCAAUUGAAUGGGAUUUUUUCGGUUGAGUUAGCAGAGACUCUUGCACUUAGAAUGGGGAUUCAGCUGGCAGUAAAAACAGAUGCAAUACCAUAUACUAUCCAAACAGAUUGCCUUCGGAUAGUAAAUCACAUAACAAGAGCAGCUCAAGCCAAAACAGAUUGGGGAAUGAUGCUUGAUGAGGUUCGAGAUUCAAAGGAGUUCAUUCACUGCUCAGCAGUAAAUCACACCAGAAGACAGGAAAAUUUAGUGGCUCACUCUUUGGCCAAAUUGGCUUGUAAUUCAAAUGUUAAUAAGUUGUGGUUGGGGAGUUACCCCGAUUGUGCAUCUGCCUAUAUAAUGGCGGAUUUGCCUAACACUUUGUAG